UCCUUAAUCACUAAAAAAUUUGGUUGAUGAAUCUUCUUCUUCUUCUACUUCUUGUUGUUCAUUUAAGUACAGAGGUUUGACAUUCAGGUACUACUUAUAGGGCUACUUGACUUGUCUUAAAACAAAGAUUGCUGUUCUUUUUUCUUCAACUUCUUUUAAUGCAACAAAGCCAAAACAAAAGUGUGAAAGUGAAAGUGUAUCUUCAGUAGUUUAGAGUUAGAGAAAGAAAGUAAAGAUACCACCAGUCAAAAUACUUGUGCUUUUUAUCAAAUAAAUACUCCUAAUCAUGAAAGUGGAGGAAUGUGAAUCUUAUUAACUAAGUAAAGAUUUCAUUUCCAUUCUUUCACUUUUGUUUCUUCAAGAACUCAUCUCUCUGUUCUACAGUGGUCUGAUCAUCAGCAGAUAAGAAAUUCAACCAAAUGCUGAAUCUUUAAGAACCAAUUUUGGAAUUUUGGUACACGGAUCAGUGGGUUUGGUUCAUCUUUUCAACGACACUAGUGGGUGUGGCACUCUGUGGGUCAGUCGGGAAUUCUGAUAAUGGGUUUUGAAGCUAGUUUUGGAACAAAGAUUCAGGAAGUAAGGAGGUUUAGUUCUUCUUUGAAACCAUCCAAGUUCAUAGGACUAUCCGCAAGACAUAAUCGUUCAAAGAGAGUAGAUGAAGUUAACUUAGUGGAUAGUUCCUCCGAUGAAGUCGAUAAUUUCUUAAAGUUGGAUAUGGAACAAGUGAAGGUUCGGAUUGUUUCGAAGAAGAAACAAUCACCUAACAAUGAGCUCCAGAGUUCUUUAAAGAAAGAGAUUGUACAACUUGAGAAACGCUUACAAGAUCAAUUUGUAGAACGAAGAGAUCUAGAGAAGGCAUUAGGGUAUAAAUCUUCCUCCAGUUCAACUUCUAAUGAAAACUCAAUGCCCAAGCCUGCCAGUGAACUUAUCAAAGAGAUUGCCGUAUUGGAGUUGGAAGUUGUGUAUUUAGAACAAUAUCUUCUCUCGUUGUAUAGGAAGGCAUUCGGUCGAAAAGUAUCUUCUGUAUCACAACCUGUCAUGGAUGAAAGAGUGAAGUCACCUCCAAUAACCGAGAAAGCGAUUAUUCAUGAAGAUACAGGGCUUCGCGUCACAACAAAGGCAGAACAUACAGUCCAGUCUAGUAAGGUGGUGCCCUCACUUAUCAGUCCUUGUAAGGAACUAUACAUGACCAACACUAAUGAGAGGCUAUUGGAUUCUGGUAUUUACCGCUGUCAUUCUGCACUAUCUCAACACUCAGCCUUUUCAAAUAGAACCCCUACUACAAUGGACAGUAUUGCAAGAGCAGUACGAUCUUGUCAUUCUCAACCUUUAUCUUACUUGGAGAACGACACCCCAUAUAUGAUCAGUCUGGCAGAACAUCUUGGUACCAGUAUUGCCGAUCACGUACCUGACACACCUAACAAGACUUCAGAGGACAUGAUUAAGUGUAUGUCAUCCAUUUACUGCAAGCUCUCCGACCCCCCUUUGAUGAACUCUGGCUUCUCAUUUUCUCCUACUUCAUCCUUGCCGUCGGUUAGUGAAUAUUCUCCACAGGAUCUGUAUGAAAUGUGGAGUCCUCGAUACAGGAAAGAAUCUUCUUUUGACGCACGAUUAGAUAAUUCUUUCCAUGUGGAUGGUGGGUUAAAGGAGUUCAGCGGACUUUACAAUACCAUGGUAGAAGUUCCCUGGAUUUGUAGAGAUAGUGAGAUGUUGAACUCUAUUGAUCCCAUUUUAGAAAAGUACAAGUCGCUUGUUUGUAAACUAGAAGAAGUUGAUGUGAGAAAGAUGCAACAUGACGAAAAGCUAGCCUUCUGGAUCAACAUACACAAUGCGUUGGUGAUGCAUUCAUUUUUGGCUUAUGGGGUUCCACAAAAUAGUAUCAAAAGAAUGUCUUUAUUCCUCAAGGCUGCAUAUAAAGUGGGUCGUCACACCGUAAGUGCAGACACAAUACAGAAUUCUAUUUUAAAUUGCCGUAUGCCCCGUCCUGGAAAGUGGCUUCUAAUGCUAUUUUCUCCAAAAUCAAAAUUCAAAGCCUUAAAUGAUCGGCAAGCAUAUGCAAUUGAGCACCCGGAACCUCUGUUGAAUUUUGCACUUUGCUCAGGGAGCCACUCUGAUCCUGCGGUCCGGAUAUAUACACCCAAGAGGGUGACUCAGGAGCUAGAAACAGCAAAAGAAGAGUACAUUCGAGCUACAAUUGGUCUACGGAAAGAACAUAAACUUCUUUUGCCGAAGGUCGUAGAAUCAUUUGCAAAAGAGUCAUGUUUGUCUCCCACAGGUGUGGUGGAAAUGAUUCAGCAAUUAAUGCCAGAAGUUUUCUGGAAGACAACACAAGGAAGUCACCAGGGACGAAUGCACAAGAACAUUGAAUGGGUGCCUCAUAAUUUUGCAUUCCGGUAUUUGAUAGCCAAGGAGCUGGUGAAAUGACUGAUAUUAAAACUCGUGAGUGCAGAAACAUAUCUACCAGAAAUGGAUAUGGAAAUGCUUCUAGUUACUGCUUAUGAGUUUGGGCUUGGAUUUUUGUAAGUUUCGAAUGUUUCUUUUCAUAUUUUGUACAAAAGGAGAAAAUGAAACAAAAUAUUGUAAUAUGGAGUGAGUGAUAACCUUGUGAUUUGUAUAAUGUAAUCCUUGAGUUAAUGUAUUAUAUUAUUAAUGAAAAAGUUGCCCUCUUUUUUGGUUGGUA